AUGAUGUGGUCUAAGAGGAAUUGGAGAUGUUUGUCUUGGUGUCUGGCUCUGCUGGGUGCACUGGUGGGGAAUUUAGCCGGAGAGAUGCCCGGGAGAAGCCAGUUUCAGGUGGAGCGCAGCGCACAAGCCGCCGAGAGCCGAGUGCGGAGACGCGGCAAGCAGGAGUCCCUGACCGGGCCAAAUGUGUGUGGAUCUCGUUUGCACUCCUAUUGCUGUCCAGGCUGGAAGACUUUGCCCGGGGGCAACCAGUGUAUAGUGCCCAUAUGCCGUAACAACUGUGGUGAAGGCUACUGUUCGAGGCCCAACAUGUGCACAUGCCCCACUGGUCAAAUUGCUACUUCUUGUGCUUCCAAAUCACCUCAGCAAUGUAGCAUCAGAUGUAUGAAUGGAGGUGUGUGUGAAGAGGAUCACUGCCAGUGUCAGAAGGGUUUUUCAGGAAACUACUGUGGGCAACCGGUGUGUGAAAAGAAGUGCCAAAAUGGAGGGCGCUGCAUUGGGCCAAACCGCUGUGCAUGUGUGUAUGGAUUCACAGGUCCACAGUGUGAAAGAGAUUACCGGACAGGUCCAUGCUUCUCCCAGGUUGUCAACAAGAUGUGUCAGAGCCAGGUGAGUGGCAUUGUGUGCACCAAGACACUAUGCUGUGCCACCGUUGGCCGAGCCUGGGGUCACCCUUGUGAGGAGUGCCCUGCUCAACCACAGCCCUGCCGCAGAGGUUUCAUCCCCAAUAUACGAACUGGAGCAUGCCAAGAUGUUGAUGAAUGCCAGGCUUUGCCAGGUUCGUGCCAAGGAGGAAGCUGCAUUAACACAGUAGGCUCCUAUGAAUGCAAGUGUCCUGCUGGUCAUCGUCUAAAUGACAACACAAAUAAGUGUGAGGAUGUGGACGAAUGCUCCACCAUUCCACAUGUGUGUGAAGGAGGACAGUGCACCAACUCAGUCGGCAGUUUUUCCUGUGUGUGUCCAUCUGGAUAUGUGCUGUCCGCUGACAAGACUCACUGCAUUGGGCAGCACACAGGUUCCUGUUUUAAAGCCGUACUGGGUGGGCGCUGCGCUCAGGAGAUGUAUGGGCGCCACACUAAAGCGCAUUGCUGUUGUGACAGAGGCCGCUGCUGGGCACAAGGAACUGUGCCAGAGAUAUGUCCUAGCCGGAGAUCUGAUGAAUUCCACAGGAUGUGCUUAGAAGGAGGAUAUCCAGAUGUGGAUCCUGGCAUCAGAGAGGACAGAGUUCCUCAGCAGCCCCAUGGACAUGAUGGCCAACCACUUUAUCCAACGAAUGGAAAUGGUCCUAUAUACCCAGAGCUUCCACAGAUCCCACAUAUUCCACAAAUCCCUCAAAUCCCACAGAUCCCUCAAAUCCCGCUGAUUCCUCAAAUCCCACAAAUCCCUCAUAUUCCUAUUAAUGGACAUGACAAUGGUUAUGGACAAGGACCUGUAGUUGGUUUAAAUCAGACAACAAACAAAUGCUUACUGAUGCCUAACUUGUGUCUUAAUGGUCGCUGUAUCCCUGUGGGGUUUGGUCACCGCUGUGAGUGUAACACCGGUUACCAACUGGACAGUCAAAUGGAGUGCUCAGAUAUAGAUGAAUGUGUAUCUGAGCCAUGUACCAACGGAGACUGUGUAAACACUGCUGGUUCUUACUACUGCAAGUGUCAUACAGGCUUUAACAGGCCCCCAGGCAAACAGGCCUGCUUUGACAUUGACGAGUGCUUACAUAACGGAGUACUUUGUCAGAACGGCCGCUGUCUGAACAUGGCGGGUAGCUUCCGGUGCAUCUGCAACGCAGGCUUCCAGCUUACCCCGGAUGGCAGAAACUGUAUGGACCAUGAUGAAUGUUCCAUAACAAACAUGUGUUUGAAUGGCAUGUGCAUCAAUGAAGAUGGUAGCUUUAAAUGUGUGUGCAAACCUGGUUUUACACUUGCUUCUAGCGGUCGCUACUGCAAAGAUAUUGAUGAGUGCUUGGCCCCUGGUAUCUGCAUAAACGGGCGGUGUCUAAACACAGAGGGGUCUUACAGGUGUGAGUGUUUGGGAGGACUGGCUGUUGGGCCGGAUGGACGCUCCUGUGUGGACACACACAUGCGCAGUACCUGCUAUGGAGCUAUUAAAAAAGGUGUGUGUGUUCAACCUUUCCAUGGAGCAGUAACCAAAUCAGUGUGCUGCUGUGCUAGCACAGACUACAGCUUUGGGGAGCCCUGCCAACCGUGUCCUGCCCUAAACUCAGCGGAAUUCAAUGCUUUGUGUCAAAGUGGGAUCGGAUUUUCAGUUGACGGAACAGACAUUAAUGAAUGUGCACUGGAUCCUGAUGUCUGCUCUAAUGGAGUGUGUGAGAACCUGAGAGGAGGCUACCGCUGUAUUUGUAAUACAGGCUAUGAGACAGAUCAAAGUGGCCGGGCCUGUCUGGAUGUUGAUGAAUGUCUGGUGAACAGACUGCUCUGUGAUAAUGGCUUGUGCAGAAAUGUUCCAGGUAGCUACAUCUGUACAUGUCCCUUGGGUUAUGUCUUCAGACAAGAUACAGAUGCAUGUGAAGACCUGAAUGAAUGCGAGAGCAGUCCAUGUAUUAAUGGCGUGUGUAAGAACAAUGCAGGCUCUUACUCGUGUGUGUGCUCUCCUGGCAGCGUACUUGAUCGGACCGGUCUAAUUUGCAUCGACUCUCUGAAGGCGACAUGUUGGAUGAACAUCCAAGAAGGCCGAUGCGAGAUGAAUAUAAAUGGCGGGACUUUAAGAUCUGAGUGCUGUGCCACACUGGGCGCUGCAUGGGGAAGUCCCUGUGAGCCCUGUGAGAGGGAUCUUGUCUGUCAGAGGGGAUUCACACGACCAAGAGGGACCAUUUGUGAAGAUGUUAAUGAAUGUGAGGUGUUUCCUGGUGUGUGUCUGAAUGGACGGUGUGUGAACACACAAGGCUCCUUUAAGUGCCAAUGUCCUGAGGGACUGACUCUAGAUGGCACUGGACGACUCUGUAUUGACAUUCGCUCAGAACUUUGCUACCUGACCUAUGAUGAGGACAUGUGCGGUCAGCCAGUGCCUGGAAGAUUCAGGAUGGAUGUAUGCUGCUGCACAGUUGGAGCUGCCUGGGGGAAGGAGUGUGAGGCAUGCCCGGAGCCUGGCACACGCGAGUAUGAAACGCUGUGUCCCAGAGGACCUGGUUUUGGAAACCGUGGGGACAUAAUUACAGGCAGACCUACGUAUAAAGACAUCAACGAAUGUAAAGUCUUCUUGAGUAUUUGUACACACGGAACAUGCCGGAACACAAUUGGGAGCUUUAGGUGUCGCUGUAAUAGCGGGUUUACUCUGGAUAUGGAUGGACGGAACUGCACAGAUAUUGAGGAGUGUCAGAUCUCCCCUGACUUGUGUGGACACGGGACGUGUGUGAACACGCCAGGCAGUUUUGAGUGUGACUGCUUGCCAGGUUAUGAGAGCGGCUUUAUGAUGAUGAAGAACUGCAUGGAUAUUGACGAGUGUGAACGGAAUCCUGCACUGUGUCGCGGAGGCACCUGUGUGAACACCAAAGGAAGUUACGAUUGUGUGUGUCCACCAGGUCAUCAGUUAUCUGAGGAUGGGGAGGCUUGUGAAGAUGUUAACGAGUGUGAAUUAAGUGCCACUCUUUGCCCCAAUGGGGAGUGUAUAAAUGUGGCUGGCACUUACCACUGCUCUUGUUUUUCUGGAUACCAGCCGAUCCCAGACAGAAAGGGGUGCACAGACAUCGAUGAAUGCACCAUUGAGAAUGGAGGCUGUGACUUUCACUGCACUAACUCAGAGGGCAGCUACACCUGCAGCUGUGGGCAGGGAUAUGUCCUAAUGCCAGAUCAAAGAACCUGUACAGAUGUGGAUGAAUGCGAAGAAGAGCCUGAUAUAUGUGAUGGUGGUCAGUGCGCUAAUGUUCCUGGAGAGUACCACUGUGAUUGUUUUGAUGGAUAUGUGUCUUCCAUGAUUACGAAAACUUGUAUAGAUGUGGACGAGUGUGAGCUCAAUGCUAACAUCUGCGUGUUUGGAGAGUGCGAGAACACCAAGGGCUCAUUUAUCUGCCACUGUGACGUUGGCUUCUCUGUAAAGAAGGGUUCCUCAGGCUGCACAGAUGUUGACGAAUGUAGGAUCAAUGCGCACAACUGUGCCAUGCAUGCCACCUGUGUCAACACGCCUGGAAGCUUCCAAUGCUCCUGCAAAGAGGGAUGGGUAGGCAAUGGAGUUACAUGUGUUGAUGUGGAUGAAUGCACAAAUCAGACCCACAUAUGCAGUCCUAAUGCUAAGUGUAUAAACACACCUGGCUCCUACCGCUGUGCCUGCUCAGAGGGGUUUACAGGAGAUGGCUUUACCUGCCUAGAUGUAGAUGAGUGCACUGAGAAUGCUGAGCUGUGUGAGAACGGCCAGUGUCUAAACAUCCCAGGAGACUAUCGCUGUGACUGUGAAAUGGGCUUCUCUCCAACCCCUGACAGCAAAGCUUGCCACGAUAUCGAUGAGUGCUCCUUUCAGCAACUCUGUGUGUUUGGUACGUGUAAAAACCUCCCUGGCACGUUCCGCUGUAUCUGUGAAGAAGGCUAUGAGUUGGACCGAUCAGGGGGCAACUGCACAGAUGUUGAUGAAUGCUUGGACCCUAUAAACUGCGUGAAUGGACACUGUGUGAACACACCAGGCUCUUAUGAAUGUAACUGCCCUACAGAUUAUGAACUUAACCCAACUGGAGUCGGUUGUGUUGAUCCACGUGUAGGGACCUGUUUCCUGGAGGUGGUGAACCGUGGGCGUGCCGGCCUGUCCUGCAGUGUGGAGGUGGGUGUUGGAGUCAGCCGCUCAUCCUGCUGCUGCUCCCUGGGCCGAGCCUGGGGAAACCCCUGUGAAUCCUGCCCUCCUGUUAACUCCUCGGACUAUAACACGUUGUGUCCCGGUGGAGAAGGAUUCAGGCCCAACCUAAUUACUAUUAUCUUGGAGGACAUAGAUGAGUGUCAGGAGCUUCCUGGUCUGUGUCAAGGUGGAAACUGUAUCAACACCUUCGGCAGUUUUCAGUGUGACUGUCCAAAUGGCUACUACCUCAACGCAGACAGCCGUAUUUGUGAGGAUAUUGAUGAGUGUUUGACAAAUCCUGCAAUAUGUGGUCCAGGCACCUGCUAUAACACGCUGGGCAAUUACACCUGUGUGUGUCCCCAGGAUUAUAUGCAGGUCAAUGGAGGCAAUAAGUGCAUGGACAUGAGGAAAGGCCUUUGCUUUCGCAACUACAAUGGCACCACAUGUGAAAAUGAGCUGGCCUUCAACAUUACACAACGCAUCUGUUGUUGUGGCUAUAACAUGGGUAAAGCCUGGAGCAAACCCUGUCAGGCAUGUCCCAUACCAGGCACUGAGGGGUUUCACACUCUUUGUGGAAAUAUUGCACCAGGGUUUGAAAUUAGCUUUGAGACAGGAAAACCAGUGGAUAUUGAUGAGUGUCGGGAGAUUCCAGGAAUCUGUGCCAAUGGCGUAUGCAUCAACCAUAUCGGAAGUUUUCACUGUGAAUGUCCAAGGGGAUUCAGCUACAAUGAUUUGUUACUUAUAUGUGAAGACAACGAUGAGUGCAGUGGUUCAGAGAUCUUGUGCCAGAGGAAUGCAGACUGUAUUAAUAGCCCUGGCAGCUAUCGCUGUGAGUGCUCUGAUGGCUUUAAGCUCUCACCUGUUGGAGCCUGUAUAGACCGGAAUGAAUGUUUAGAAACCCCCAACCUUUGCAGUCAUGGCAAGUGUGUGGACAUCCAAGGUGGCUACAUGUGCACAUGCCAUCCUGGCUUCAUGGCCACCCCCAGUGGCAAGAUGUGCAUGGACAUUGAUGAGUGUGUGCAUCAGCCAUGUAGGAAUGGCACAUGUAAGAAUACUGUAGGAUCCUACAACUGCCUCUGUAACCUUGGAUUUGAGCUCACACUAAAUAACCAAUGUACAGAUGUGGAUGAAUGUUCAGCAGCUUAUGGUCAGCUGUGCAGAAAUGGCCAUUGCAUUAACAGUAUAGGAUCCUUCCAGUGCUUGUGUGAAGAUGGCUAUGAUCUCACGCAGGAUGGAAAGAACUGUAUUGAUGUGAAUGAGUGUAUAAUGCUACCUGGAAUAUGUGCUCCUGGAACUUGCCAGAACUUGGACGGCUCUUUUCGCUGUAUCUGUCCACCUGGUUACAUUGUACAGCGCAAUCACUGUGUAGAUGAGAAUGAGUGUGAGGAGGACCCCAACAUCUGUCUGUUUGGCUCUUGUUACAAUAACCCAGGCAGCUUUGAGUGUGUGUGCAAACCAGGCUUUGUUCUCUCAGAAAAUGGACGUCGCUGUUAUGACACGAGAGAGAGUUUUUGCUUCACCCGCUUCGAAAAUGGAAAAUGCUCCAACCCUCAGGCAUUCAACACCACCAAAGACAAGUGCUGUUGUAGCACCAUGUCCAAUGAGGGCUGGGGUAACCCAUGUGAGCUCUGCCCCAAAGAACAUGAAGUUGGAUUUCAGGACCUGUGUCCUUUUGGUUAUGGAAUCGUUCCAGGCAUUGGGGAUACAAUCAUUGAUCUGAACGAAUGUGUGGAAAACCCAGGCAUUUGUCACAAUGGCCACUGCAUCAACACUGAUGGCUCCUUCCGCUGCGAAUGUUCCACAGGCUACACACUGAAUUACACUGGAAUGCAUUGUGUUGAUAUUGAUGAAUGUGCGGUGGGAAAUCCAUGUGGAAACGGUACUUGCGUUAAUGUGAUUGGAAGCUUUGAAUGCCACUGUGAGGAAGGUUUUGAGCCAGGCGCCAUGAUGACAUGUGAAGAUAUAAAUGAAUGUGCACAGAACCCUUUGCUCUGUGCAUUCCGCUGCAUCAAUACAUUUGGGGGAUAUGAAUGCUCCUGCCCAUCAGGCUACACACUCCGAUAUGAUGGGAGAAUGUGUCAGGAUCUGGAUGAGUGUGCAGAGGGUUUACAUGACUGUGACACCAGGGGUAUGAACUGUAAGAACCUCAUCGGUACCUUCAUGUGCGUGUGUCCUGCUGGAAUGGUGCGAAAGAUGGAUGAAGAAGUUUGUCAUGAUGAGAACGAAUGCCGCACUAAGCCAGGUAUUUGUGAGAAUGGCCAAUGUGUGAACACUAUAGGCAGUUACAUGUGUGAGUGUGGAGAAGGCUUCCAGUCUGACUCUACACAUACUCAGUGCCUAGAUUUUAGACAAGGCUUCUGUUUCAUCGAGGUGCUACAAACCAUGUGUCAAAUGUCCUCCAGCAGUAGAAUACCCAGUACUAAAUCCCAGUGCUGCUGUGACCGCGGCCGUGGAUGGGGAAACCAGUGUGAGCUUUGUCCUCUGCCUGGCACUGUCAAGUACAAGAAACUGUGUCCACAUGGGCCCGGCUAUGCCACAGAUGGCACAGAUAUAGAUGAGUGUAAGAUUAUUCCAGACGUGUGUAAGAAUGGACAGUGUAUCAACACUAUGGGCUCCUUUAAAUGUCACUGUGGUCCAGGCUACACAGCUACCAUUACAGGCACUGCAUGUGUUGACUUGGAUGAGUGUGCAAUGUCCCCGAAGCCUUGCAACUUUAUCUGCAAAAACACUGAAGGCAGCUACAUUUGCUCAUGUCCACGUGGCUAUAUUUUGCAAGAUGAUGGCAGAACCUGUAAAGAUUUGGACGAAUGCCAGUUAAAGAGACACAACUGCCAGUUUAUGUGUAUUAACACCAUCGGUGGUUUUGCUUGUAAAUGUCCUCCGGGCUUUACACAGCACCACACUGCCUGUAUGGAUAAUAACGAGUGCGCUGCAGAGCCCAGUUUGUGUGGAGCUAAGGGCAUCUGCCAGAACUCACCAGGCAGCUUUAGCUGCGAAUGCCAGCAGGGAUUCAGCCUUGACUCUAGUGGCUUGCAUUGUGAAGAUAUUGAUGAGUGUAAAAGUAAUCACCGAUGUCAGUAUGGUUGUGACAACAUGUUAGGGAGUUACCGAUGCAACUGCCCCCAAGGCUACACCCAACACUACCAGUGGAAUCAGUGUGUUGAUGAGAAUGAGUGCUCCACUCCUGGCACGUGUGGAACCGCUUCAUGUUUCAACACAUUGGGCAGCUUCAAGUGUGCCUGUCCAGCUGGGUUCAGCUUUGAGCAGGGUUCCAGCAGCUGCCAGGAUGUGGACGAGUGCACCUCUUUCAAAAAUCCCUGCAGCCAUGGCUGCUCCAACACCCAAGGAGGCUACAAGUGCGGCUGUCCUUCUGGAUACUAUAGGAUUGGCCAAGGGCACUGUGUGUCAGCUCUGGGCUUUGGGAGGAGUCAGCUGGGAUCUGUCCGCGCAUCUGGAACAGCGGAGAAUAACAGCCACUCCCCUGAAGGCUGCUUCAGUUGCAAUGUUAAUAGUCAACGUAAGAGAGGAAUCGGGAAGAGGCAUGCCAUCCACAAAGUAGAACCAGAGAAGUCUGUGCAGGAAGGCCCAGUCAGCCUGGACAGUAUAGACAUGGAACAGCCUCUGCUACUGGUACUCAACAUGUCCCAUUGCACCCACAACGAGCACAUCCUGGAGCUGGUGCCUGCCCUCAGACCUCUCAUUCAUCACGUCACUUAUAGCAUCACAGAGGGGAAUCAGGAAGAAAUAUUCCACCUCCGAGAGCACGAGGAGCUCAGCUACCUGCAUUGCAUGCCGGAGAAAGCUUUUCCAGGGUUUUAUAUAUUAAAGAUAAGCAGUUCUCCACUUUAUGAUCAUGCAGAGCUGCUGCAGUUAGAGGACAACUGGGACAGAGACUACCUCUCAGGUGAGCUAGGGCAGAAUCUCCACAUGAAGCUUCACAUUACACUGCAGUGAAACACACUGUAUAUCACUUACAUACAAAAAGUCAGCAGCUCUCAUUCUGAAUAAUAUAACAGUUUUUUUAAAGCGUGAUAAGACUUUUUUGUUUUACACAAGUGCCUGCAGUUUACCUAUGAGGGUACUGUAUUUCAUGGUGCUUUCUACAUCAUGGAUUAUCUGUUUACGGGUCGUAUUCACUAAAGAUGGAGCCAAGCUAAAACUGUGCACAUGUGGUCUCAUCCAAAUAAAACAUUCUCGUGCAGCUUCAAAUCACCUUGUUUUUAACGUCUGUUAAAGACACUUCUUUAUUUUCUAUA